UCAAUGAUAGACUACAUUAGACAAAUAAGAUGAAAUAACUACCUGAGGAUCACGCUAUUUCACUUCUCUGCUCCAGCUUUGAGAAGACCAGAACCUUUUAUACUUAAUAGUAACUAUGACAGGGGUUGUAAUACCUGUCGCAAUCCUUGUGGUCAUAAACUGUGUUUUAGGGAAUAGUGAAGUGACCACCAAACAUAAUGAAUGUAACACAGGAGUCCCAGGUAUUCCAGGAACCCCAGGCCUGAAUGGUCAGCAUGGACCUCCAGGAAGAGAUGGCAAAAAUGGGGAACCAGGACUAAAGGGUGACCCAGGAGAACCAGGUGAAAAAGGUCCACAUGGUCCUCCAGGUAAAAUCGGUCCUCAAGGAUUUUCCGGGUCUCAAGGACUUGCUGGUCCUCCAGGUCCACCAGGCUUACCAGGGUCAUCAUUAUCAAGGGAAACCUAUGCAUUUCAUGUUGGGUUGGCAUCUUCCUUUCCAUCUACCGAUGGCCCGAUUAAAUUUGAGAAAGUUUUUUACAAUGAGCAAAGUAUUUACAACACAGGAAAUGGAAAGUUCAUAGCUCCAGUAGAUGGUCUUUAUUUCUUCACUUACCAAGUAACAGUCUAUAAUAAAAAUGUACAUCUUACCCUAAGGCAUGAUGGUAAGGUUGUGCAGUAUAUGUAUCAUGUGUUUGCCCCCAGUACUCAACAAGCCUCUGGGGCCUCCAUUCUAGCUUUAAAACAGCAGGAGGAGGUUUGGCUGCAGGUUGUAGGAAGCAACAAUGGUCUUUAUGCUGAUAGUGAUGAUGACUCCACAUUCUCAGGAUUCCUGAUUUCAUUGAUCUGAAACUUUUGAGGCUAUGAAAUGUCUACAACAUCAGUAUAGUAAUACACUUUUAGAACUUGUACUACACAAUGGAAAAUGUAAUGCAAAUCAAAGCUAUCUAUUAGUUCUUGCAGCCUAUACAAUGAUUGCUUGUCAAUAAAUCUGCACUUCUGGCACAGAACUGUAUUCUAUUUGACCCUUUUUGAUUGUC